AACACGAAAUAGCGCCUCCGAUUAGCGUAGUUGGGUACGUACGGUGCGAAAGAUGCUCACCAUACACAUAGACAUAAUUACGGAGAGAUAAUCCCCAUGACCCCCGCAGUGUGUAGGGAGAGGGGAAACUUGUCGGGUGAUAAUGGGUUUUUGUUCUUCUCGGCUCUCACAGAUUUGACUGGAGAGAUGACGAUGCUAACCCUCGCCCGACUCACCGCCGCCAUCCUCUUCGGCUUCAUGGCUGCCACCGGAGCCAACUCCUCCGUGGGCCCGCUGGAAAAGGCCAACGAGAAACUCUGCUCCGACAAGUACAUCGUGGUGCCUACCAUUAAAGGUGUGGCUGGAAAGAAAGGAGACCAAGGAAUUCCUGGGAGACCUGGGAUGCAAGGCCCGCCUGGACCACCUGGAGCCCCGUGCAACUGCAACUUCAAUGCACAGUUCGCCUCACUCCAGUCUCAGAUCGACUCACUCAAGAUAACCAGGAGGCACCUGUCAAAAAACAAGAUCUACCAGCUGUUCACCAAUCCAUCCAACUACCACAGUGCCAGGCAGCAGUGCGCAAAUCACGGCGGUGUCCUGGCCAUGCCCAAGAACGCCAUUCAGAAUGCCGGAAUCCAGCAGGUCGUUAGAGGCGACCGCGCUUUCAUUGGCCUGAAUGACAUUCAGCAUGAAAAUAAUUUUGUGUUCUCAGAUGGAUCUAGGCUAGGGUUGUAUAGAAACUUUGCUCUGGGUGAACCCAAUAGUUUCGGUGGCGAUGAGGACUGUGUGAAUAUAUAUCCCAAUGGCAAGUGGAAUGACAUUGGUUGUCAUACACAACUUCAUUUCAUUUGUGAAUUCCCCGCUUAAGACGUCAGGCGCUCGCGCGUGGGACAAAUACACGGUGAUGGCAUAACAAGUGUGAGAUACGUUGUAGAUCAUCGCCCCUACCACCACCAUCAUCAUUAUCGGUUAUUCAUAGAUUUUCCUACUAUACAAAAGAUAGCUUCUAACAGUCCGAUGUACCGCCGGCACUCAUAUCCACUGUGAACAUCCUUUCCAUGAGUGUUCCAUCCUUCGGCUGCCGAUUCGUUCAUUGACUCUACCACCGGGGCGAUCGUCACUUCUUGUAACAGCGUGUUUCCAGCAUUGUCAGGUGGUUAACAGGAGCUAAGAUCUCGAGCGAUUACUCACUCGAGAUCACAUCCAGCAUCAUUAGGUGGUUAACAGGAGCUUAGAUCUCGAUUUAAAACACUUUCUGGUCUGGGUCAGGAGAAGGGUACAUGACGACCCAAUCCAAAAGCCUAAUUAUGAAUCAUAACAUUGGUAGCAAAAAGCAUUUGUUUAAAAUUAGCGCAGUAUACAUUAAUGGUAACGCUUGUGCAGGUGUGAUACUCAACGUAUCUAUUCGAAUCGCUUCACUGUGGAAUUGUCUCCAAUGAUGUCGUGAAAUUCACACAGGCCUCGAAAAAGUUGACGGAAAUAUCUCUGCAAUUGAAGACGAAUCUAAUAGCAUUUUAUUAGACUAGAUUUACACGUGAUUUUCAUGUAUAACUGCAUUACAAUGCUUUUGGGUGACUUUGUGAUCAAGGGGUGAAUCUGUAAUCCUACAAUAAAAUUACAUAAUCAAAACGUUAUCCCCCGUUAUACAGUGUGUGCAGACGUUUGUGUGUGCAUGUGUGUGGAUG